GAUCCCACAGCAGGGGAGUAUUAACAAACUCGGGUGAAGGUGCACUUCACUGACUGGAUGAAUACUAUAGAGCAGAUGACAAACAGUGAGGAAAGUUUAUUUAUUCAUUGCAUGUAGAGUUGUUCAAUUGUGUGGAUCAGCAUAGAAAUUAGCACUGGAGUUCAUUUAGACACGGGAUUAAUACAGCCUGAACGAUAAAAUGUCAAUAAAUAGGAAAAAUUGGACUGCUCUCUCCAGUCUGGCAAGGGAGAGAUCAAUGGAAGAUGAUGAGGAAUUUGAGAAAGCUCGUCGGCGCCAGGCCAGACUGAGUAAUUCAGUACCAAAUAAUGAAGAUAUUGCUGAAGAACAGCAUACGUCUGAAAACAGCGCCGUGUUUAAUGACCAAGAAGAAACAUCAUCUCCAAGCUUGGAAGAUGAAGCUGUUGCAUUUGCUGAAAUGCUGAGAAGAAGAGAAGAGGACAAAAGACAGCACCAACGAGAAACUUUGCAGAGUCUGAAAUUAGCAAAGUUUGCCUCUGAAACAGAAGUUGAACAGGAAAGCAUGAGCAAGCAGGAGAAUGAAAACGAGAUGCCAAAAAUGAAGAAAGCAAUCAAUGAUACACAUUGGAAGAAAUCAGAUGAAGAUUCUAGUAAGAAAAUCAAUGUACUCGCAGUUAAGCAGGAACAGGAGACCAACAACAGCGCAGCCCGUACACAGAAUCAUUCUAAUAAAGAAAAUGCCUGCAGUCAAUCACCUCUUCAAUCACCUCCUAGUCCAGUACAUACCACACGGGCUUUUAUAAGCUUAGGAAAGCCAAAAGAACUGAAAAGCCCAACAAGAUUGAAAACACAGCAGAGUUUCGAUAAUGACAAGUGCUAUCAGCAAGAGAACAGCAGCACCUCGAUUGCAAAUGAUUGUUUCAAAUCUCAGGCAAAACCCACCGAACCCAAAGUAGGUGAAAGCAGAGAAUAUGAACAAACAGGACAAGAGACCUCUAAACAGGAGAGUGUCAGCAAAGCUGGGAGACAGGAUGUAAAAAGAACGUCUGCUGCCAUCACACAGAUACAGCGCCAGAAAAGUGAAAACAAUGAUGAUGAUUCCAAUUCUAAUGCUGUACCCUUUCGUCGCUUCACUUCAAGAGCUACAUCAUUCAGAGUUUCAAGUCCAGAGGUGAAAAGCCAACCAUUCCAAAGAAGUGCUAGUCUAAGGAUUCCAAAAAAGAUUGAUGACAGACUUGAACAAUAUGCAAGGGCAAUCCAGAGAAGUGAUAGCAGGAAAUCAAAACAAUCUGCUUCUAACUAUCUGACCCGACCAUUAGAGGGCGUUGCAAGCAAACGAUGUGUGUUUGAGAAGGAAGAUGCUCAGGAUUCCGGUGUUCGACAUUACACAGGUAGAAAGGAAACAGUAGGCCUUUAUGUGAGGGUUGCUGUUCGCAUCAACCAAUGGGUCAGUAGACCUCAGGAAUCCAGAAAAACAUUUGGAUGUAAGGAUAUCAGACCAGGAGAUGUAGCCAAUAAACGCAAUCUGUGGGAGAACAAAGCUGAUUCUCUUGAAAAGAAAGAGCUCCACGCAAAGAGUAACAUAUCAAAAUGAAAAAGGAAGCAAUUCUACAUUCCAGGAACAAAACUGAUUUCAGAAAAUGUAAUUAUAAUUCUUAACUCUUGAAGAUAGUUAAUAUUUUACCCAGACAUGAUCAAGCUAAUUUCCAGGAGGAGUGAUUUUUCCAAUAAAACGAUAAUAUUCUAAUAAAGGGAUUCAACUGCUUUCAAAACUGUAAUGCAACAUGGAAAAAAUAACCACUGCUUUUUGGUGAUUGUGUUUAAGUUUAAACCUAUACAGCAUGGGAACAAAUCAGGUUCAAACUUUGUAAAAUAAGAGACUUUAAAUUACUUUUUUUAAUGUUUUAGCAUGUAAUAUUAUGUUCACUGUAUUUCAGUUAUUUUCUCAAAAAAUAAAUUUGAAGAAUGAUACUAAGUCUUUAAA